CACGACAACAUUAGAAAGUUGUCUAUGAUUGUUAUUUCACUUUGGUUCCGAUGUCGAAAUAACAGUGAAAGUCAUUAGAAACAAUAAAAAAAUCACGAAAAUGAAUAAAUUAAAAUCGUCACAGAGAGACAAAGUUAAAAAGUUCGUCGCGUUUACGCAGACGAGCGAGAGCACAGCGAUAUAUUGUCUUUCUCAAAACGACUGGAAACUGGACCUCGCGAGUGACAAUUACUUCCAGAACCCUGAGGCUUAUUACAAGGACCCUGUGAAGGCGUCAGUGGAUAGGAAAAGACUCGACCAACUGUUUACAAAGUACAAAGACCAGCAAGAAAAUGACAAAAUCACCGUGGAUGGUGUUAUGAAGUUUCUAGAAGAUCUCAAUCUAAGUCCUGAGUCAAUCCUAGUUCUUAUAAUAGCCUGGAAAUGUAAGGCGGCCGUGCAGUGCGAGUUCACGAAAGACGAAUUCACGAUGGGUCUCAUAGAACUUGGAGCAGAUAGCAUAGAGAAAUUAAAAGCCAAAUUACCAACAUUGGAAACAGAGAUAAAAGAUCAAAAUAAGUUCAAAGACUUUUAUCAUUUCACAUUUAAUUAUGCCAAGAACCCGGGUCAAAAAGGCUUGGAAUUGGAUAUGGCGAUAGCUUAUUGGAAUAUAGUGCUCCGUGGGAGAUUUAAGUUCCUAGAUGCUUGGUGCAAGUUUCUCACGGAGCACCACAAGAGAUCCAUACCAAAGGACACAUGGAAUCUGUUGCUAGACUUCGCGACACAGAUCGACGACGGCAUGAGCAACUACGACGCGGAGGGCGCGUGGCCCGUGCUCAUCGACGACUUCGUGGAGUGGUGCCAGAAGCAGGGCCUCACCGCCGACGCGGUCAAAGCGCUGGAGCCGGCGUCGGGCUAGCCUCGCAGGCGCGCGCGCGAGGCGGCCCGCCCGCCGCCCGCGCGCGACCCGCCGCCCGCGCGAGGCGCCGCGCUCGCCUACGCCGUGUUGCUGCUCUCUCGCGGCCUGCUCUACGGUCUCGAGCUGUGUACAGUCGAGUGGCUCGCUAUCCUUAUAGUUUACGAAUUGUGUAGCUGACUAAAUCGUGACGUGACGUAAGAGGUUUGUGCUGAAUGACGCUGAUGGGAAUUUCAUUUGGCAUCGUGGCUCUAGUCUGGAAGGUUUGUUGGGAUUACAUAUUUUGUUUAGUUUCAAUAGUCUAUAGUUUUAAUAGGAUUGUUUGUUAAUCAAAAGUGUCUACUAAGAAAUGUUGUCAAUUUAGUGAAUUAGUUUAUUCUUGCCAAUUGAAAUUUCCAUGUAUUUAUCUUCACUCAACUGUAUAUAGCUCCCGAACUAUUCGUCCGUGUGAUAAAAAAUUUUGGUGACCCGUUUCGUAUACCCGAGAGGGUAAGGAUACUGGGAAUGAUGUUCACUUUCACAAUUGAAUGAUAUUUAUGAUAAGCGUUAUUCUAAAAUUGUCUCUUCGAAUUUCUCAACAUGGUUCUCUUACGUUAUAGAAUAGUAUGCCGUAUAAAAUUUAAGAUGUAAAUAUGUAUAUACACAUUAAUGAUAUUACAUUUCUUUUUUAAUUAUAACAAGCUUAGAUUUUUCUGUUUUAGUUUUUUUUAGCUUCCCAGCGACAUGACGAUGCUGGACUGUUGAAAUCGGCAUAAUUAUUAAUUAAACUAUUUCAAUUAUUUGCUCAUUUAUUUACUGUUGGAAUUGCUCGAAUUUUUUAUGACAUAAAACAAGAUUUUAUUUUUUAUUUACUUUGGGGCGUAAGUGCAAUUUUGACAUGAAUAAAUGUUCAAUAAAUAAUACAUAUUUCAUUCGAUUCUGGAAUGUUCUGUUGAUUGUAAAAUAACAAAUUAAAAUCUAAUUCACUGAAAUACAUUAAGAAUAUGGGAGAUUGAAUAGUAGAAAGUUCCAAUAUCGUCUAGAAAAUAAUAAUAACGAUCUAGUUCACUUCAAAAUUAAUAACUUGGAGAAGUUGUGCACAGCACCUACACACACUAAACAUUACAAUGGAACACUGGGCUGUAUUGUGAUUGCAUGGAAACAUAAUCAAUGGUUAACAUCAAUCGAGAAAUAAAAGAGGGUAUAGCUAGAUGUGGGUACUAGAGGAAGAGAGAGAGAUGGAGUAUCCUGGCCUGAAGAAUAGCCAGAUAUAAAAAAUCUGAACGACUUCUUCGAUUAAGUUUCUAUCGUGGAAACAAAUAAAACCUUAAUGAUUAACGUCCUCGCAAAUUCGGCCAGCUAUACGAAAUAUUUAGAAGUGUUACAAAUACGAGAGGAUUUUCAUGUACCUACUUAACAAUUGAACACAUCUUUAGUAGAACAAUGUUGCAACUGCAAGAAGUAUAACGUCCAAAAUAAUAUGCUAACUUGUGACGUCAUAAUAAUUUCGUAGAAGUACACCUUCACAGCGGCAAAGUUCUAACUAUUUUCCAAAGGAUUAUCGACUUUAUAUUUUGUCCUAUAAGAUUCAAAUAGGUGUGGUAGACGUUACAUAUGACCACUUUGAACUAGCUAAUGUCGGCAAAGUCCUAACGUGACUAUUAUUAAAAACUUUUGUAUUACAUUGUUGUAUUAACAUUUAGACCGCACAUCUUCGAAUAGUCUACUGUUUGUUCUUGAGACUACCUAAACAUAGAAGAAGAAAACAAUAUUAUUCCAUUUCCUAAGUCACCGGCCUCUUAUUGCGACUUUUUAACUCAAGUUUGACUUGAGUUGGUAAAAUCUCAUCGUUUCUCUUAUCUGAGUACUAAGAGAACUUGGAAUUAUAACUCAAGUUGCUUGGCGAUAGUAUAUCAAGAACUUGUAGAUAGUACCUACUCGUCGUGCUAGUUCAGUACUUCAGAUAUGUCAUGUUUCCCGCGCUCUUGGUCUGUAAACCUUGACAAGUUGAUGUGUGUGGGGAUCUUUUUUAUGACACUAUAAGCGUGAACUGUGAUUAAUGAAUUUCCGAAACAAUUGUAAAACUGUUCAAUGAAAGUAUGAAUAACUGCA